AUGGACAGCACGGUCCGGCGGGUGUCCCGGUCGCUUGACGCCCGGGUGUCGGCCUCCUGGUGGAGGCAGGUCCACCGGGUAUACGGCCCACGCGCGGAGGACAUCUCCCGGUCGCUGAGCCGGCUGGUCAUGUCGGAUGCGGCCGGCGGCGGCCUGGACCGGAGCUUCUCCCCAAGCAGCCAUGUCCAGGAGAUCCAGGACGUGGCGGCCCUGUGGCUGGAGCUGCAGGAGAUCAUCCGCCGGCAGCGCGAGCAGGCGGCCGAGGCGGCCCUCGCCGCGCGAUCCCCUGAGGCCGACACCGACGGCCUCGAGGAGCCGGACCUGGCCACCGGGCCGGCGACACCGGCCCCCACGCACCCGGGCACCCGGCGGUCUUCCCUGUCCUCCGGGCUGGGCGCCGCUCGCCCGGGGCCCGGGGUCCUCGGGCACCCGGCGUCGGAUCUGAUCGACUGGCUGACGCGCCCGGGGCUCAAGCGGUCGCUGACCGGGCGGCGGCUGUUGCAGGCGCACGCCGGGCCGGGGGCCGGGGGCCCGGCCUCGCGCACGGCCUCGGCCUCGGCCCCGGAUGACUCGGCCGCGGCCGGCGGCGGGCCGGAUGACGCCGGGACCAGCGGGGCCGCGGCCGCCGGCGGCCCGGCCGGCCCGCAGGACAUCCUGCUGGCCGACUCGCCGGACGAGACGGACCCCGAUGUGGAUGCCGGCCGCUUGGAGGAGGCCCUGCAGGCAUUCAUCCUGGCCAAGUGCGCGGUGGCCAUCGCCGGGUCGGCCGGGCGGGCGUUGGCCGCGCGCGGCGGUCGCAGCGGCGAUCUGCUGGACUGGUGGCAGGGCUGCCUGCACCGGUCCUCCUCGCAGUGGCUCUUCCUCCUACGGCUGCAGCAGGUGCCGGUGGACCUGGGGCGCAUCUUGCUGCGGGCCCUGCUCAGCCAGCUGAUCCGCCUCGGGGUCCUCUCGACAGCCCCGUCGGCCGACAUCCUGGUCAGUGGAGGCCGUCUGCGGUAUGUGCGCUUCCUGGCGGCCUGGGCCGCGCGCACCGGGUCCAUGUAUCGCCAGCGCUAUGAGCAUGACCUGUCGCCACGGCUCCCGGGGUUCCUGCGCGGCGGGCACCCGGCUGGGGACGCGGACGCGGACGCGGACGGGGCCGGGGCCGGGGCCGGGGCCGGGGCCGGGACCGCCGGCAGCCCCGCCGGGCUGCCACCCACCGACCGGGCCACCCCGCCGGCCGGUGCCUGGCCAAGCCGGGGCCCGCACGUGCCGGACCCCGCCGGCACCCCGAAGUCCUGGCGCCCGCUGGCCAUGGCCGCGGUCGAACUCUUCCCCUUCGGCUGGCGCUUGGGCCGGCACACGGAGUGGCUGGCCAUCGGGCACUUGCGCCUGCUCCGGCGAGCUCGGCAACAGGUGCACGAUGCCCUCGGCUCGGUGGCCCUCAGUGUCAGCCUGCUGAAUGACGCGGUGGCCCGGGACAUUGGGGCUCCCCGGGCGCCGGACCAAUUGCGCGACUAUGCGGCCCUGGUGUUGACGGAUGUGUGCUGCGCCCUGUCCCUGCCGGAGACCAGCACCCAUGCCCCGAACCAGGGGUUCUGGCGGCGCAUCUUCGCCGACGACACCUACUACCCGGAGACGGCCUUCGCCGCGGCCGGGUCGAUGGACUUCUUCGCGCAGGCGGCCGCGGCCGCCGACCGCGGCGAGGGCCCCGGCACCGGGGGCGCCGGCAGCGACUUCGAGGAGGAGCCCCAGCCGGAGUCCGGCACCACCCUGCAGCAGCAGCACCAGCACCAGCACCAGCAUGACCGACUGUCGCGGCUGUCGGCCAGCCAGCGGCCGGACUUCGCGGCCCUGGCCCCGGCCCGGCCGCCGGGUGACGACGCCCUCGGGCCGGAGCUCCUGCGCGAGGUGAACAUGGCCGCAUCGCAGUUCAGCUUCCGGACCAUGCACAUCCUGCGGGCGCACCGGCCGCCGCGGCUGCUACUUCGGUACUGGCUGCCGCUGCUGGCCGGGACCCUGGCCGCCGGGCCGAUUCUCGGGCGGCUGGCCUCCUUCCAGCCGACGGUGGCCAAUCUGGCCCAGGAGGCGGUCCUGCUGGCCCGGCGCCUGCUGACCGACUGGGUGGUGGCUCCGCUGCUGGAUGUCUAUGACACGGUGAAGUACGGCGGCCGGGGGGGCGGCCCCGGGGCCGGGCAACUGCGCAUGAUCAAUGAAGGGUCCUUGGAAUUGGACCGGGCCCUGCUGGAGCGCAUGGUGACCGCCUAUGCGGAGGCGGAGCGCCAACGGGAGCCGCCGAUGCUGCUGCGGCUCCUGACGCCCGGGGUCGAAAACCAGCUGGACCUGGAGGGCGCCGGCGGCCGGGACGGUGUCUUCGACUUGUCCGAUGCGCGGCUCAAUCCGGCCGGCGGGGAAUUGGCCCCGGAGUUGCAGGACAUGGCCAUCGUCAAUGCGGCCUUCGAGCGCGAAACCCGUCGGCCCCUGCUGUCGGCCGUCAUCGGGCCCCUGCCGCGGCUGCUGCUGAUCCAGGUGCAAAAGACCCGUGUGGACUUGGAAACGGCCCUGGCGGCGGUCGACCGGCUGCUCCGCGCCAAUACCCUGAACUUCGCGCUGGUGGCCGUGACCCCGGCCACGGCCCUGGUGCUGGCCACGCUGUGGGGCCUGCGGAAUGCCCUGCGCCGGGCGCGCGGCCUGUCCACUUCGGCCCGCGAGGCGCAGCUGCACCUGUGCGAGUCCAUGCGCGGCCUGGAGCGAACGCUCAUCAAUUCCUUCGCCUCCUCGGCCGACACAUUGCUAUUGACGAGCACGGCCGCCACGCCGGCCGAUCGGUCGGGCGCCGCGGCCCCGGCCGGCGGGCCGUCCCAGGCUGGGAGCCCGGACGACGUGUCGCCCCUGUCGCCGGGGGCCUUUCACCGGCAUCCCCACUCGGGGCACGGGUUCUCGGACAGCAUCAGCGAGCAUGGGCGCGGGGUGCCGCCGGUCGGAGCACCGGGCGGACCCCUGGCCGGCGGCAGCAGUGCCCUGGCCUUGGAUGUCCUGGCCCCGACUCCGGGCUUUGCCGGGCAGGCGCUGCACUCGAUCGACCUGCUCAGCACGGCGGACAUCCGGCUGUAUGGGCGGGUUCUCAUCGAAGUGGAGAUCCUUCGCCGGGCGGCCCGGCGGGCCGGGCUCCCCCGGGCGGCGCAACUCCGGCAGACCUUCCUCCGGGAUUGCGACGACAUCGAGCGCUUUGUCACGGCCUCGGUGCAUGCGCUCCAGCGUGGCAUGGAUGCCAUGGCUGCCUGCCACCGGAACCAGGCUCUGCAGGUGAUUGCCAGCAUGUACCGGACCUUCCCCUUCCUGGUGGACACCAGCACCUAGCACAUACAAGUAUCCUGGCCCGCCCUUUCCUCUCCACUUGCAGGUGGGGG